AAAAGAAAGAGCCUCUGAAUUGUUCAAGAACCCUAAUCUAUCUCAACCGCCUGCCAACUCUUUCAUGCGCCGACUCUGAAGUCUCUGUCUGAACACGCCCCUUCUGUUCUCCACCGGCCGCCGUCCCGACCAUUUCCCUCCACUCACUCCGCCCUUUCUGUCAUCUCUUUCUCUUAUGUCCUUUGUUUCGAACGAUCUGUCAUCGCAGGGCAUUCACGUCCUCUAAUGGGAGACUAACAAUCUGAUCAGAUAAAAAUAUUACUGAAGUGGGUUCUCAACGUAUCACGCUUGGCGGUUCUUUCUCUCUUUUUUCUUGUUUUUCCCCUUACUGGGAUUUUUGCCUAGUGAGAUGUGAAUUGCCUUGACUCAGAAGGCUUUCAAUCUUGGAUUUUUAUAUCUCAUCAAUAGCCUUUAGCAUGCAUGGUUGUUGGGAACAGUUUCACUCACUGGAUGAGUGUGUUUGUUCAAGAUGUGAAUUAUGAGUAAAAAUUUGAUCUUGAAGGAGACGUUGACUUGUGCAGUAUACAAAUAGGAGAGGAUUUUCAUACCAGUGUACGCUGCAAAAAGGAAAAAAAGAUUGGUUCAGGGGCAGGGGUUCUGCCUUUAGAACACGGGCCACCGAUGCCUUCUGUUGGGAUGAGAAGGACAACCAGGGUGUUCGGGGCAAGGGUGUUAAGAUCAGGUAGAAGGUUGUGGACCCAAGUAGAGGGAAAGCAUUUGAGAGCUGGUAAUGGGGAAAAGUUGAUUGGACUUCUUGAGAAUGGUGGUGUUAGAGGUGGUGCUGAAGUUCCCCAGUGCAAGGAAAAUGGGUGGCAUGAAAAUGAUGCUUUCUCAAAGCAGCAAGUUACCAAAAUGGAAGUAGAUUCAAAUUUAGAGAGUAGCGCAGUAGAACUUGAGUUGGAGAGGCAUGCAGGGGAGGCUGUGAAUGAGAAUGCAAAUGUAGGUAGGAGGUGGGGAGCUGUUUAUAGACGGAAACGGAAGUAUAGGGCUGAAGGUUAUGAUAGUGAGGACAAGGCUUUUUUGGAAGACAGGAGGUUUGGAAAGCAUUUUGUUAGAAAGCAGUGGAAGAAAAAAGCUAGAUAUUCUCCCAAGGAUUCCCCUGAUCUACCUGGAUCCGUUGCACUGUCUGUUGUCAUUAAUUCUUCUUGUUCAUCUGGUCGUUCGAUUUACUGCUUGUUGAAUUCACUUUUGGGUUGUCUGCGGAGGUCUAUGGUCAAUUUGGAACAAUUUAUUGCAUUCAUAUGCUCAAAACCAAUUCGUGAUGUAUUCUCUUUGCAUGGAAUCCAUUUUCUGAAGGAAUGUACUCCUGAAAUGAGAGCUGGAGUUUGUAUAAUUUCUGGUGUCAGGUAUUCUGUACCACUGUUCACUGUUAACUUCUCUGCAAUUCCAUGUUGCUUUAUGUAUCUCCAUUCAAGUUUAUCUCUAAGAUCAGUACCACCCUCCUAUGUUCUCUGGAUGCCCUCGAUGGGUAUUGAUGUGUCGGACGAAAUGACUGAUUACACUGAUUAUGGAUUGUGUGAUCGUUCUGAAAGUGAUAAAUCGGGGCAUUCAGGUAUAGCAUCUGAUAAAGAUAACUCUAGGAAGUGGGUUCUUUCGCAACCAACAGUUAGGGUUCCAAAAUUAGCUGCACGCAAUUCACAGUUAAAGAGUGGUCGUAUCCAGAAGAGAAGGAGAGGGAUGAGGCCAAGGAGAGGUAAGCGUUCUUCCGUUAUUGGAUUACAGAAAGCAAAUGGAGCUAUGGUUUCUGAUAGUUUGAGGUUCAGACACAGUGGCAUCCAGUUGUCCUCCAUAUCAUCCCAUUCUGGGCUUAGGAGUUUGAAUAAAACAACUGCCCGGAACAUCAAAGAGCUAAAAUCUGCCUUGUUGGAUUCAACACGGGACCUAGAUGCUACAAGCUGUUCAGCAAAUCUGUUGGUCAUAGAGUCGGAUAAGUGUUACAGGGAGGAGGGAGCAGUUAUUGCGUUGGAACAAUCUGUUUCGAAACAGUGGACUCUUGCUGUUAAGAAAGGAGGGAUGAGACGAUACAACCUUACUGCCGAAAAAGUUAUGAGGCCAUGUAGUUCAAACCGUGUUACUCAUGACAUAAUAUGGACUUGUAAUAAUAGUUGGAAGCUGGAGUUUCCUAAUAGACGAGACUGGUUGAUUUUCAAGGAACUUUAUAAGGAAUGUGUUGAUCGCAAUGUACAGCCUUCAUCAGUGAGCACCAUUCCCGUUCCUGGAAUAUGUCAAGUGUCGGGAUAUGCAGAUGCCACCUUCCCAUUUAUUCGACCCGAUUCUUACAUUACUGUAAAAACUGAUGAACUAGCUCGAGCGUUGGAUAAGAGGACAGCAAACUAUGACUUGGAUACUGACGAUGAGGAGUGGCUGAAUGAAUUCAAUAGUCAAUGCUGCAUAGAAAACAGUCUUCAUCAGUGUAUCACAGUUGAACGAUUUGAGUUAAUGAUUGAUUCUCUCGAAAAAUGGGUUUUCUGUAAUCCGGAUGGUUCUUCUGAUGAUAAAGCUGCUCUUAAUACUUGCCUGAGUUCCGAAAGAAAAGAAACUGCUGAGGCUGUUUAUGGUUACUGGUGUAAAAAGCGAAAACAGAAACGAUCUGCACUAAUUAGGGUAUUCCAGUUGUACCAACCGAGGAGAACUCUAAUGACCGCAAAAUGUGUUCUGCGGAAGAAAAGGUCAUUCAAACGACAAGGAAGCCAAGCUGGAAGAGGCAAGCAACGGACUUUCUUACAAGCGUUGGCCGAACAAGAUGCUCAGCAGCAGCAGCAGCAGAGCGCCAUUCUGAAGGUGAAAGAAGCGAAAGCUGCUGCGAAUAGACAAGAGGGUUUAGCCGUUAUCAAGCGUCAGAAAGCGCAGCAGCUCAUGGAAAAUGCCGAUCUAGCAACGUACAAAGCUAUGAUGGCGCUAAGAAUAGCCGAGGCAGCGAGGAUUGCCGAAUCUACUGAAAAUGCUGCUGAUGCAUCAUCUCUCCUUUCUUAAUCUGGGCCUGACAGACAUUCAAGAAAUGGCCAUUACUUUUGAGAAGCCUUUGAAAGUGAAGACAGGAGGGAGGGGAUAUGUGUAACGUUGUAUAGAUUUAUGAUUCGAUGUACAUUUUGUAUGUUAGUUUAUUGUUAGAGAGAGCGUAGGUAGAAGAGAGAGAUAUGUACCUUAACUGGGUUUGAGUUCCGACCAAAUUGCUUCAAGAAGCCAGAAAAUAUAGAAGAAAAAAAAAUUCAAUAUACAUGCCAGUUUGAGCUUA